GGAGCCGGAAGUGGGCCCGACCGGAAGUUGCACGUGCGCCAUGGGGAUCGGGGGGAAAAUCAACCGCCCGAAAACGGAGCUGCGCCGGAAGCUGUUCAAGAGGCGGCGGGAGCUCAGCAAAGCGCGGAGGCAGCGGAAAUGCGUUCCCAUCCCGCCCCCGUCGUCCAAACGGCGCCGGAAGCUCCUGAAGCGCCUCCGCCAUUCGGCCAAUGGUGUCGCCAAGAAGCUGCAGGACGUGGAGAUGGCGGAGGUGGGGGCGGGGAGCUGAGCGCCGUCCAAUAAAUGCUGUCGCUGUUGUCACGUGGCCAUCUGCGGAACCAUUUAGCGCGGUGACAGUUCCGGGUUGGAAACAUGAAGCGAGUGAUACACUUCCGGUUCGGAGCUAGUCAGCUCGGCGACGCGCUUCGAGUUCGUUGCCGGAAGUGCUCGCCGCGCAUGCGCACUACACCCGGGCCUGCGCCCCGCCUGCCGCCGCCGCCGCUAUGGCCGCGUUGUGCGACCCCCCCGGUUCGGGCAGCCCCCCCCGGGCGCCGCUCAGCCCCCAGGACCUCUCCCAGGAGCUCAAGGCCUUCCUGACGGGCUCGGACCCCACCCUGGGCACCCCGUUGUCCCCCCCGGACCACGCUCGCUGCGCCCUCCGCCUCCUCCGCCGCCUCCCCGCCGCCCGCCACGCCGUCCUGCAGCACCUGGCCGGCCUAUUCGACGACCACGUCUGCGCCCACCUCCGCCUGCGCUCCGAAAUCCCCCCCAACCCCCCCUCGAACCCCCUCCUCCUCCCUCCUCCGGCCCCGUCCGCCCUAACCGAGGUGAUCCACGAAGCUCAGCGCCUCCUCCUGGCCUUCAUCAAAGCCAAACCCAACGCGUGGGCCCCUCUCUUGGCCUCGUGGGCCGUGGAGCUGCUGGGGCAGCUGAGCAGCAAAUACUCGGGGCGGCACGGAGCUCGGGGGCUGAACGAGCUGCUGCAGCUCUGGAUGUCGUGCGAGGCCACCCGCACCCUGAUGGACAUCUACGCUCAGUGCCUGGCCGCCCUCAUCGCCUCGUGCCCGGACGCCUGCGUGGACGCCCUGCUGGACACGUCGGUGCAGCACUCGCCCCACUUCGACUGGGUGGUGGCCCACAUCGGGGGGUCCUUCCCGGGCACCAUCAUCAGCCGGGUGCUGUCGUGCGGCCUCAAGGACUUCUGCGCCCACGGGGACGCGGCGGCGGCGGCGGCGGGGGGCGGCGCGGAUAAACGCGUCCCCAAGCUGGCCUCGGUGGUGGGCAUCCUGGGCCACCUGGCCUCGCGUCACGGCGCCAGCAUCAAGCAGGAGCUGCUGCGGAUGUUCCACGAAGGUUUGGCCCCCGGGCAGCACAAAGGCACCGUGCCCUUCCUCCUUCAGCUGGCCCUGAUGUCCCCUCCGCUCCUCGGCACCGUGGCGGCCGAGCUGGUGGAGUCCUUAAAGCCUUCGGUGCUCAACCAGCUCCACCAACGCUUCUCCCCUCUGCCCCGCGACGAGUUGGACUCCACCGUCGCCCUCCUGGUCCGCCUCAUCUGCCAGACCUCGGCCGGCGCUUUCCGCACCCUUCAGUUCCUGCUGGACACCGCCAUGCCCGCCUCCGUCAUCACCCAGCCGGGCCUGGCCCUCCACGACGGCGUCCGCGAGGCCUGCGACCGCCUGGUGGCCCUGCUGCUCCUCCAGCUGCAGAAGUCGGUGCACAACCGGCCCUCGGCCAGCCUCGCCGACGGCCCCCAGCGCUGCGUGCCCUUCCUGGAGGCUCUGCGGGGCCGCGUGGCCGAGCUGUGCGCCGAGACGCUGCGGCUGGAGAGGAAGCGUUACCUGUGGCAGCACCAGCUGCUGGGCCUGCUGGCCGUGUACGCCGCCCCGCACGGCGCCCCCGAGGCUCUGUUCCACCUGCUGGCCUCGGCCAAGGGGCAGGACGAGCUGGCUUUGGCCACGCAGCUUCACGCCGUGCUGGCCGCCAGCCUGGCCGACCUCCCCGGCUCCACGGCGGCUCUGUGCGUGCGGCAGAUCCACGCGGGGGCUCUGGCGGCUCCGCAGCUCGCUCAGCUGCUCCACAACCUGGCUCUGGUGGUGGCCAACGAGGACGUCAACGAGCCCGCCUCCCUGGGGGCUCAAUUAGCGCCCGCCUUAGUGCUGCACCUCCCCGAGCUGGCCCAGCUCCUCCUGCACCCCUCCGCGGACGCGGCCGAGGCCGCGGCGCUGCUGCUGUGCUCCCUGCCGGCCCCGCGCUGCCUGCGCCCGGCUCAGCUCCACGCCGCCCUCCGUGCCGCCGUGCACCAUUUCUUCCUGGCCCUCCGCCGCGCCGGCGGCGCCGGGCUGUGCCACGCGGCGCGGCUGCUGGAGAAGCUGAGCGCCGUCACCCCCAGCGCCGGCAGAGCCGCCCUGCAGCUGUUGGUGGAGGGAGCCCUGCGGGGGGGCAACGCCGAGCUGUUCGGCGGCGCGGCGCCCGGCGCCGAAGCCGAGGCCGACGGCGGCACCAAAAGCAAGCCGGCCGCCUCCCUGCUGGACACCAACCGGCGCUUCACGGCCGCCGUGGAUUUCUCGGCCGGCGUCUGGUCGGUGUUCCACGCCGGCGUCAUCGGGCACGGCCUGAAGGCCCCCCCCGGCUCGCCGGCGCUGGGGGAGGAGGAGGUGAACCGCAACACCCACGCCUUCCUCGGUGUCCUCCUGCGCUGCUGCCGCGUCGCCGAGCCGGCCCCGCCGCCCGUGCCUUGCAUAGGGCCCGAGGCGGCCAAAACGGUGGCUUCGGCUUUGGUGGACAGCGUGUGCCCGGCGGCGGCGGCGGCGGCGGGGGGGGAGCUGUGCUGGCCCCCGGAGGAGCAGGCGAGGAGCACGGUGGAGCGAGACCUCGGCAUCCUGCGGCGCUUCCGGCAGCAGCCGCUGCUUUUCCCUUUGCUUCGAGUGGUGGCCAUGGGCCGGCCGGCCCUGUGCUACUGCUCCGUGCUGCUCAGGGGGCUGCUGGCCACCCUCAUGGCCCACUGGGACGCCUGUCGGGACGGGGAGACGACGGCCUCGCCGUGGCACCUGCAGGCGUCGUGCGCUCUGGUGGCUUGCAUGGCCGAGGGGUCCCUGCUGCCCCCGGUGCUGGGGGAGGUGCAGGAGCUCUUCCCCCGCCUGGCUCCCUUCGAGGUGAGGCUGCUGCUGCUGAGCGUCUGGGAGUACCUGAGGGAGCACAGCCCGCUGCCCCAGCGUUUCAGUUUCCAGCCCCACAGGGGUCUCUUCCAAAGGGACUUCGCCCGCGAAGGGGAUCCGGGGAAGUACCUGGUGGCCUUGCACGGCGUGCUGCAUCGCAACGUCGACCGCCUCGGGCUGCUGGCUGGGAGGUUCAGGUCCUGAGGAAGGGUGGGGGAGGGGGGGCAGGGGGGUAGAGGGGCUUGGGGGGGGUGUGGGGGGUGAGGAGUGGGCUGCUGGUGGCAGCUGGAGGCACACUGAUGGCAUUGAGGGCUGAGAAAUGACAUCUGAUGGCACCUGGAUGGCACCCAAAUGGCGUUGAGGGCUGAGAAGUGGCAUCUGAUGGCACCUGGAUGGCACCCAAAUGGCGUUGAGGGCUGAGAAAUGGCACCUGGAAGCACCCAGAUGGCAUUGAGGGACAAGAAAUGGAUGUCUGGUGGCACCUGGAAGCACUCAGAUGGCAUUGAGGGACAAGAAAUGGCAUCUGAUGGUACUUGGAGCUGCCCUGAUGGCAUUGAGGGCUGAGAAAUGGUGUCUGAUGGCAGCUGGAUGGCACCUGGAGCUGCCCAGAUGGCAUUGAGGGCCGAGAAAUGGCAUCUGAUGGCACCUGGAAGCACCCAGAUGGCAUUGAGGGCUGAGAAAUGGCAUCUGAUGGCAGCUGGAUGGCACCUGGAGGCGCCCAGAUGGCAUUAAGGGACAAGAAAUGGCAUCUGAUGGCACCUGGAAGCACCCAGAUGGCAUCGAGGGCUGAGAAAUGGCAUCUGAUGGCAGCUGGAUGGCACCUGGAGGCGCCCAGAUGGCAUUAAGGGACAAGGACUGGAUGUCUGGUGGCACCUGGAGGUGCCCUGAUUGCAUUGAGGGCUGAGAAAUGGCAUCUGAUGGCACCUGGAAGCACCCAGAUGGCAUUGAGGGCCGAGAAAUGGCAUCUGAUGGCACCUGGAAGCACCCAGAUGGCAUUGAGGGCCGAGAAAUGGCAUCUGAUGGCACCUGGAAGCACCCAGAUGGCAUUGAGGGCUGAGAAAUGGCAUCUGAUGGCAGCUGGAUGGCACCUGGAGGCGCCCAGAUGGCAUUAAGGGACAAGGACUGGAUGUCUGGUGGCACCUGGAGCUGCCCUGAUGGCAUUGAGAGCUGAGAAAUGGCAUCUGAUGGCACCUGGAGAUGCCCAGAUGGCAUUGAGGGACAAAAAAUGGAUGUCUGGUGGCACCUGGAAGCACCCAGAUGGCAUUGAGGGCCGAGAAAUGGCAUCUGAUGGCACCUGGAAGCACCCAGAUGGCAUUGAGGGCUGAGAAAUGGCAUCUGAUGGCAGCUGGAUGGCACCUGGAGGUGCCCAGAUGGCAUUAAGGGACAAGGACUGGAUGUCUGGUGGCACCUGGAGCUGCCCUGAUGGCAUUGAGAGCUGAGAAGUGGCAUCUGGUGGAACCUGGAUGGCAUCUGGAGCUGCCCAGAUGGCAUUGAGGGCUGAGAAAUGGAUGUCUGAUGGCACCUGGAUGGCACUCUGAUGGCACUGAGGGCUGAGAAAUGACAUCUGAUGGCACCUGGAAGCGCCCUGAUGGCAUUGAGGGUCAAGAAAUGGCAUCUGAUGGCACUUGGAGGUGCCCAGGUGGCAGUGAGGGCCAAUAAAUGGCAUCUGAUUGCACCUGGAUGGCACCUGGAGGCGCCCUGAUGGCAUCGAGGGUCAAGAAAUGACAUCUGAGGAAACCCAAAUGCCACCUGGAGGCACCUGAAUGGCAUCAGGGGUCAAGAAAUGGGCAUCUGAUGGCACCUGGAGGGGCCCAGAGGGCAUUGAGUGCCAAUUUGUGGCAUCUGAUGGCACCCAGGUGGCACCUGGAGGCACCCAAACGGCAUCUCGGGUCAAUAAGUGACACCUUAGUAGGACUUAAUGGCACCCAAGUGGCGUCUAGAGACAAUAAAUGGCAUCUGAUGGCGUUUCCAA